AGUAGGUCAAGUUUGAUACAGGUAACGAUCAUACUAAAAAUACAAUCAUGGCAGAUACAAAGUAUUUACGCAGAAUGUUAGUUUUAAUAGCUGUUUUUGGUGUGUGUUCUGCUCAAGUUAGUCGCGUAACAAUCCUUGAUGUUAUGACAAAUACAAAUGGACUUAAAACGUUCGCAUCCUGGUGUAGAGAGACAUUCCCGGGGUUGUACAGUGGUUCCGGUGUGUUGACGGUAUUCGCCUUCAAUGACACAGCAUAUACCUAUACGAUGCCGUCAUCCGAGCGCACGCGACUCAUGAGCCUCACUCUGAAUGAAAAAAGAGAAUACGUACAGACAUUCACAUUGGACAACCGUCGUAUUAGUGUUGAUCAGUUACGAGAUUCCUCCACCCAGCAGUCUAUAAACGGCAAGGAAUUGUUUAUAAAUAAAAGAAACCGAAUUAAUGGGAAUCCUGGUAGUACUACGUGGAGCAGCGCCAGCUAUGUUAACGGAGCAAUGAUUAUCGGGGAACAGUUGCAAGCUAGUAACGGAAUAAUCCACAUGUUAGACCGGCCCUUAAGUCCAAUCAGCGAUUCUAAUGUGUAUCAAUGGUUGAUGGAACCGGACGACCCCACAAUUCCAACCACAAUCUGGAGAGAUUUUGCUGCCAGACUAUAUCAAGAUAGCCGGGUUUACCUCGACGUUAUUACGCCCAUAGCAAGGACCGAUAAAAUAACCUUCUUCCUCCCAAGCGAGAACGCCCUGAGAAAAAUUCCGAGCUCGAAGAUUCAAGGCCUUCAAGGGCAGGAGUUGGCCAAGUAUUUCAAAAUGCAUUACAUAAAAAACCGUGUGGUUUAUACAUCGUACGUGGAACAUCAAGAGAGUUAUGAGACUGCUUUAACGGGAUCUCGUGUAAUGUUUAUGAGGCAAGAUGCUGGGACUGUUCUUGUUAAAUGUGGAGGUGUGACAGCUAUGAUUGAGCAAGGAAACAUCACAGUACGUAAUGGAGUUAUACAUAUCAUUGACAGAAUGUUCGGACUCGUCUAAAACUCCGGAAGAGAACACAUUUCCCAGGACGAAUAGAAUGGCAAACAUUUAUCUUCAA